UUUAAGUCGUCUUUUACUGCUUGCCUUCCUCAGUAACUAGCAUUUAUUGGCGUCACUAAACAAUGUUUUUGUUAGUUGGCUGUCAUGUUCCGCAAGAGCCAAAGAUUGUACAUUUCUUGAAUUUUCAAUAUCUUAAUCAAAUGGGCGCUUUGGUUUCUGGUUCUUAGUGAAUUUCUCUCACUUUCUUCCUCCUUCACAGCCUCGUGGAUAUAUAUAUAUCAGAGAAAAUAUCUAAAUUUUUCAUGUGCCUAACACAGCAUGGCACUUGAAAAUUUCACUUCUUCUUUUCUGGGUGUUGCAUGAGUACUUGGUUUGGAGUGGUUGGUUUCUGAAAAUGGGAAGGAAAUCUCAGUCAAGUGGGUAUUCUGUAUUCUAGCUAAAGUAGAAGAAAAAAAAAAUUGUAGAGAAAGUGUUGCUAUCUUGCUUUUUUGUUUUUGUUUGUUUGUUUCAGCUUUCCAUGGUGGAAAGAAUGGUAAAUGGGAAUUGAAAGGGAUGUGUUUUUGAGAAUGAAGAGUGGGGAAAAAAUAGAAGGGUUGGGAAGCUUUGUAGGCUAAUUAGGUAGGAGAGGAGAAAUAAGGAAACUAUGCCAACAGUGUGGUUCUCUCUAAAGAGGUCUCUACACUGCAAAUCAGAGCCAUCAGAUGUUCAUGACCCACAAUCGAGGAAGCAAUUGGGCACAAUCUUGACUAGAAAAGCAGGAAGGUCAGGGUGUUCAAGGUCUAUAGCAAAUCUCAAAGAUGUCAUCCAUGGAAGCAAGAGACAUUUGGAGAAGCCACCAAGUUGCAGUCCAAGAUCUAUUGGGAGCAGUGAGUUCCUCAACCCAAUAACCCACGAAGUGAUUUUGAGUAACUCAAGGUGUGAGCUCAAAAUCACUGGUUUUGGUGGUUUCCACGAGGGGAUUGGUGGUGGUGGUGGUUUUACUGGUAACAAUGGCGGAGGCGGCGGCGGUGGUGGUGGUGGCGGCGGUUCAACCUUUGUGGGUACUUUAAGGCCUGGGACUCCUGGCCCUGGAGGGCACCCUACAAUGCACUACUUUAAUCCUUCUGUUAGGACAACAUCAACUCCACCAAGGAAGUCUCCUUUUAUUGUGUCAGAUAGAGAAGGGUCUGGAUUAGGCGGUUCUGCUGUUUUUGGUGGCGGUGGAAUUCAUUCAAGCAAUAGGGUCUCUCUUGAAACAGAGCCUAAUGGUUCUUCUACGGUUACUUGCCAUAAAUGUGGAGAGCAGUUUAACAAAUGGGAAGCUGCUGAAGCUCAUCAUCUCUCCAAGCAUGCUGUUACUGAACUUGUGGAAGGCGACUCAUCAAGGAAAAUUGUUGAAAUUAUAUGCCGGACGAGCUGGUUAAAGUCUGAGAACCAUUGUGGGAGGAUUGAGAGAGUUCUUAAAGUUCAUAAUAUGCAAAGGACUCUUGCUCGAUUCGAAGAAUAUAGGGAGAUGGUGAAAAUCAAAGCCAGCAAACUCCCAAAGAAACACCCUCGGUGCCUCGCCGAUGGCAAUGAGCUUCUGAGGUUCUAUGGCACAACUCUGUCAUGCUCUCUUGGUCUAAAUGGCUCCUCCAGCCUGUGUGCAUGGGAAAAAUGCUGCGUUUGUCGAAUCAUAAGAAAUGGGUUCUCUGCAAAGAAGGAGCUCAAGGGUGGAAUAGGCGUUUUCACCACCUCCACUAGCGGAAGAGCUUUUGAAUGUACUGAAAUUCUUGAGGAAAACCCAGCUGUUAGAAAAGCAUUGAUUGUGUGCAGAGUGAUUGCUGGGAGAGUUCAUAGGCCUUUGGAGAACAUACAAGAAAUGGCUGGCCAAACAGGAUUUGAUUCAUUGGCUGGUAAAGUAGGUCUCUAUUCAAAUAUUGAGGAGCUUUAUUUGCUCAAUCCUAGAGCUCUCCUUCCUUGCUUUGUGGUAAUCUGCAAACCCUGAAGAAAGAUAAUAGAUCUUUUACAUUAUCCUUUUUAAGCUUUGUGAAUCCCUUUAGGUUUUUCAAAUCUUUUUGCUUCUGGAGGUUUUUCACUUUAUUUGUUGUGAAGGACUUUUGAUUCUUCUUUCAAGCCUCUAGUUGCUUGCCAAUAUAUUCAAGAUUUGUACUUCUUUA